UUUGAGGAUUUUCAUGCAUACGGUACUCGUACUCGUACCUACCCUACAGUACUAAUAGAAUUCCGCGAAACAAUCGUUUUAUUUGUUGUCGUUCCGGUACGAGUAUCCUCAAACCCAUCAAACAGGAUCAGGAUCAUCAUCAUUGUCGAUCGAUCUUUUCGAUUCUGAAUGUUCUUUGUUGUGGCCCCAUAUCAUCAUGAGCACGAAUGGUGGACCUUUCAUUUGCUCCCUCCAGAGUCUUGAAAUCCAUUUGAACGAUGAAAUCAGGCAACACCUCAGCGACCAGUACAGUAGCCAUCUAACGAUAGACGAUGGUAAUCAUACCGAAGAAAAGACCCAGAAGGAAAGUCGCGAUUGUAGUUUGGGAGCCAUAUUUUCAGCUAUGAAACGUCCCCCUGCUUUCACAACUUGCCGUGUAAAUUUGAUUCGGUCAUCGAGGGAGGAAGUUUUGAGUGAACUGCAGAAUCUUCUGUCCCACAUUCCGCAAUUGGAGGUAGUCGAAGAUGCGGGAUUUUCUGACAUCAUCAAUAUUGUCCCGAAAGCCCAAGAUGACUGUGAUUCCCAAAGUAAAAAUCCAGACGAUAAAGGUUACCAAAAAACGACUUUGUCGAAUUCGACCGGUCCCGACGAUCAUGAAAACGACGAGGGUGGAGGCCGAACAAAUGCAAAGGGCGAAGCUGAAACCUCAAAUAGCAUGUUCCAUCAUUGGCAAUCACGAAAAGAGCAGGGCUGGUCUAUGAACUACCGCAGUGUGGUUUGUGAUCGUUUUUGUGGAGAAGCGGUCCUUCGCGGUAGCGAUAUCUUCGUGAAGGGUAUUCUGGCCGCCGAUACAAAUAUUCAAGCUGGAGAGAAAGUUGCCGUCUAUGCCGAUAUUCCACAAAAGAUCGAAUCCCAGAAAGUUCUUCGCGGGAUGAAACUUGACCAAUACCGAGGAAGAUGUGUUUAUUUAGGACUGGGACGAGCAGAAUGUUCGAGGAACGAAAUCUUUAGCAAGGCUCAAGGAGUUGGCAUAAUCAUGUCACUCGAUCCAAAAGAUCGAGUGGGCCCUCCCCUUCCACCUUUGUACGGCGUUCUACCUAACAAAAUGAUGCUUCAAAAUUUACCAUCAGUAUUAGUGGGCCAUGCGCUGAACCCUCGACCAAAUGACGUUAUCUUGGACAUGUGCUCGGCACCUGGAGGGAAGGCAUCCCAUUUGGCUUCCCUUGUUCGCAAUCAAGCUUUGAUUGUAGCAUGUGACAAGAGUAAGAAAAAGGUUAUGGCUGCGAAAGAACUCUUUGCUCGAAUGGGAGCUUCGUGUAUUAUUCCUUUGGCUUUGGAUGCGACUAAUUGUUGUAUUGGCAAUGUAGGAAAUGUCGGGGAUAAAAAUGUUCAGCAGGUAAGAUAGGUGAAAUACCCUUCUGGUUCUAUUGAAAUCGUUGUCGUUAAUUGUUCACUGGCUCAAGAUCAAUCAUGUCAUCAUGAAUCCAGUGUGUGGAAUGAAUUUUGUGUAUUGAAUUGUUCUUGAACUUCAUCAUAUUUCCUUACGAACAACAAUGAACAACAUUGGCCAAUUGCUUUCUUUUUUUGCGUAACCUAGAUCAUAGCAGAGGGCCAGGUGGGUAAGGAAGGGCUAAAAGAAAUCAAAAAGUUCUAUGAAAAAUCCUUCGACAAAAUUCUUUUGGAUCCGCCCUGUAGCGCUCUUGGACUACGACCAAAACUAUUUAUUGCGCAAGAAACUUUGAAAGAGUUGCAAAAACACGCAGAAUACCAACGAAAAUUUGUCGAACAAGCUGUCAAGUUACUCAAGGUAGGUGGAUAUAUGACCUACAGUACCUGCACUAUUAAUGGCGAUGAAAACGAGGGCAUGGUGAGCCAUAUCUUGCGAGCACAUCCUUGCAUGGAAUUGAUGCCAAUCGAACUCCCAAAUGCAUGGAGGCAGAAAAACAUUGGACGUCGCGGAUUGAAUGGAUUUGGAUUGAGCACGAAUGAACUCGAUUGCGUGCGUCGGUUUGAACCAAAUGGUACAGCGGACACGAUGGGAUUUUUUGUUGCCUUGUUUCGAAAACGAUUUUGAAGCUUGUGGCAGAAACUUUCCGAGAACCAGGAUUAUCCAAAAAGAGUAUAUGGCAUAGAAUCAUUCAAGGUCCUCCUUGACAUACCAAGUCACUUUAUGGUUGCUGUCUUCAUUUUGAACAUAGUUCGAAUAUCCGGAGUCUUAUUACUGUGUUCAUCUUCGUUUCGAAGCUUCAGACGACUGCGAAGUUUUUCUGUCUCGCCUUCACAAUUAAAUCGAGGUGCAUAAAUGUAAGUGAGGUCAUAAGACAAAAUCUUCAAAUAGCUUUUGCAAUAGAUGCAUCGACACAACACUGGCAGGAAUGCAUAUUCCAUUUUCAACAGCGCAAACUUACCUGUAUGGCAUGGCACGCAUAGAGUUCGUAAGUUAUCUAGACCACAGCCACCACCACCUUCUGAUACUGCGCGUAUAUGAUCAGCUUGCCAAAAAUCACCUUCCCUUGGGUUUUGGAGUAGUCGAUCUAACGCUUUUGCAGACUUCGGUAAUUUCCAGUUCGCAUUGCAUAAAGCAUUUAGUCUUUCUGCGGGUUCUAACCCCAGCACGCGAGUGAAGAGUGCAUAACCAUCAACUCCGCAAAUUUGGCAGAUUCCACCCUCUAGAGCGAAGACUUGUGCUCUCAAUUGGUUUCCCAUUCCACCUCUCUUCAAUCGACCUUGUUCGGUACAUUCUCGGGAGCAGUAUGUGGAAAUAAGACCAGGCAAACGAGAAACUUUGGAGAGAUCUUCACCACAAUAUGCACAUUUUGUGCCAACGAGAAUUGCAAUAUCAUUGGUAUCUCCAAUUCCCACUUCAACUCGCUCUAGAGCCCGUUCUUUUGCACCACCUUCGUAUCGUUCGGUAGUGUAAGAUGAUGACUUUGGCAUUAGUCGAAGAAUUUCCUGUCGGAGAUGAAUUCCUGAGUAAAUUCUACAACUUUCC